AUGAACGACGAUAAAAAGAGUUUAAGCAUGCAAUACAUAUCACAAAGAAACGUUAACUCACAUUACUUACCAUCGUCAAGAAUUGUUAAUAAAGGUUCAGAAACGACAACAAAACCUCCGACCUUUCAGUUCAUUCCUCAUGAUGAGAUUAUCAGUUUAUAUGAGCAACGAAAGGGGACACAAUAUUUCAUACCCGAAGGAUACGAACCAGUCCUAGUUCCACGCGAUUCUCCGCUACAACCGGUUGCAAAUCUACUCCAAAAUGGCAAAAAUUUACAACAACAGCUUCUUAAACAGCAACAACUAAAGAUUCAGCAAGCGACAACGCCGGUCGUCGUCGUUAGCAAUAAGUCCAAGGCAUCCAUCCCACACAUUGUUCCAACCAUAAGUAAUCAAUCCAAUCCCACCACAUCCGAUGUUCGCUUUCCACAAUUAGUGUUGGCUAGAACUUCAGCACCGACCCAGCGGGCGGGAGCGGUCGCUAAAGCUCAAAAACCAAAGAAGCCCCCGAGACCCCCAAAUGCCUUUAUCUUAUACCGCCGCUCAAAGCAACCUGACAUAGUAAAAAAUAACGAGGGAAUAUCAAACAAUGAAGUAUCCAAACAAGUAGGGGAAAUGUGGCACAAGGAGCCCUUAGAAGAGAAAUUAAAGUUCCAACGAAUGGCCGACGCUGCUAAAAUGGAACACAUGAAGAAGUAUCCAGAAUAUAAAUAUCGACCACGAAGACCUCAUGAAAAACGCCGUCGCACCAAGAGACCAAAUGCAAGUUUGACCAAUACCCCCUAA